AUGUCAGUGCGUGUUGGGCAAUGGUUGGGAUCACUUCCACCUUUACCCCCAACUUACCCAACUAUACCAGAGGACCCACAAAUGGGUAGACCCUCCAAUCCUAAACCUAUUGUUGAGCCAUCUCAACAACCACCUACGGGUUAUGAUAAAUCUAUUACCACAUAUCCGGAUAUGACUGGAUAUAAUACUUCUUAUACAGAAGCCUCUACUGAUUAUAACUAUUCGGAUCCGUCUUACGACCCCUAUUUACAGGCGAUCCUUCAAAAUUCUUUAUAUCCACCUCCAUUUCCUUAUACUUACCAACACUCGGGUAGUACAAACCCCGGAUAUCCGUACACGGUUGUUCCGCAACCACAACCACCAGAACAAGCUCCUAUUGAAGCUAUCAAUAAAGCGUUGGAACGAGCCGAACAAAUCCAACGACAAGCGAAAAAGAAUGAACAGAGGACUAGUAAGAUAUUCAAGAAACUCUCAAAGAUUAUUAAUGGAAAGAAAGACGAUUGA